AUGUCGACCGGAGAUGGUGAUGACUUGUUCGAUCCCUUCUGCCGAUCUGUGGCCCACUCCGACCGAGCUUCCAGCACAUUAGCGAAUGGUGGUAGCCGCGUAGAUGCUCAACAACUCCCCCCUUGCCUUCCCCUCCAGCGCAAGAGCAGUGCUACAUGGGAUCCGGCCCGCGACAGUGGCUUUACGAAAAUCGGUAACGAAUCUAUACAUACCUCUGGGAGUAUGGUCGCGCUCGAAAAACUGGACGAGAGAGAAAUUGAAGGUAUCGGCCUAGUGCGCCCCUCCGCUACAAGGGGGCUUGCCUCUGAGAAUAAUCCACCCAAUCUCAGGUCUCCACCUCCUGGCCAGAAAAUCAGACAGCGGAAGCUGCUCAUCAGUCUGGGUGGUCUGGCAUUGAUAGUCGCAAUCAUCAUCAUUGCAACGGUGGUCAGCUUGCGGAAAUCUCGGCUUGGCGACUCUGGCACAGUCAAUCGCGCGGAUGGUGCGAUUGUCACUGCUUCAGGCGAUUUACUCAAGCUGUGGGGCGGAAACGGCGACAAAAUUACAACUGAUAAUGGCACGACCUUCGAGUACAGAAACCCGCUAGGAGGCACAUGGGUUGCCGUUCCUUUCAAUGAUACCGCGAAACCUCAAGCGGAUUCGCCGCCCUUGAACCAACCGUGGGAUUAUUCCAAUCGACGAAUUCUGGGCGUCAACCUGGGAGGCUGGCUCGUCCUCGAACCUUUCAUUACCCCGUACCUGUUUGAGCCCUUCAGCAGCCAUGAUGCCGAUGGCAAGCCGUCCACGGUGGUCGACGAAUGGACCCUGUCCACCGCACUUGGCGACAAACUCGCGUCGACCUUGGAGGACCAUUACCGCACAUUUAUCACGGAAGAAGAUUUCAUGCAGAUAGCUGCCGCCGGUCUCAAUUGGGUUCGCCUGCCUGUGGGCUGGUGGAUGAUCGAAACCUGGGACGGGGAGCCGUUUCUGGAAGGCGUUUCUUUCAAGUAUUUCCUCAAGGCUCUCCAGUGGGCGCGCAAGUACGGCUUGAGGGUCAACCUUGAUCUGCAUGCGGUUCCGGGCAGUCAGAACGGCUACAAUCACUCCGGCAAACUAGGCUCCAUCAACUUCCUGAUCGGCUUGAUGGGCGUCGCCAAUGCGCAAAGGACGUUGAACUACAUCCGCACACUCACCCAGUUUAUCUCGCAGCCCCAAUACGUCAACGUCGUCCCGAUGUUCUCUGUCUUGAACGAAGCCCUCACCCAGAAAAUUGGCGUGCAACAGAUGAGGUCGUUUUACCUUGAAGUAUACCAAAUGAUGCGUGGAAUCACGGGGUACGGAGCCGGGAAAGGGCCGAUGAUGAUCAUCCACGAUGGAUUCCAAGGAACCGGGGCCGGGCACACCGGAUGGGGUGGAUACUUGAAAGGCGCAGACCGGAUCGGACUCGAUACUCACACAUACUUCGCAUUUGACAAACAGAGUAACGAUUCUCUGGGGUACAAUUCCUACAAGCCGUGCACGUACUGGGCCAAAGGCUUCAACCAGACGAACACCGACUUUGGCUUCAAUUUCGCCGGAGAGUAUUCGCUUGCGGUGAACGACUGUGGGCUCUGGCUGAACAAUGUCGGAGUAGGAAGCCGCUACGACGGCACAUACCCUAAUACCAGCGGCCCCGACACCAAGAAUUUUCCCAAGGUUGGAUCGUGCGAUCCAUGGAACGAUUACCGGACGUGGAACGCGGACAUGAAGAAAAGCAUCGCCGACCUGGCCGCCACUUCGCAAGACGCGAUGCAAAACUCAUUCUUUUGGACGUGGAAGAUCUCCCGUUCAGUGCGCACGCCCGACGUCAAGCCCAACCCAAUGUGGGAUUACCAGCUCGGCUUGCAGCAAGGCUGGAUCAGACCCGAUGCUAGAGGAAGUGUUGGAGCUUGUGCGGUAGUAGCCGCCCAACAAGGGGCCACCGCGCCAGUCCAGCAAUGGGCUGGCAAAUUCUCCGAUUGGCAGAUAGGUGCUGGUUCAGACGCGCCUCGAACCAUCGAUCCUGCUCAACUCGCGUUGUACGGACAGUGGCCACCGACCCAGAUAUUCGUACAGCCAGGGGAAAACGCAGUAUACCCCGACGUCAACAAUCUGCCGCAGUACACGCCGACAGGGACGCCAGUGAUCUUAAAGCCGGAUGAGCCCAAUCCUCGAGAUUCCCCCGUCACCGCUUCCGUCGGACCUGGUUCCGGUUGGGCCAACGAUGCGGACCGCGCUGGGUGGUAUGUUCCCAUCAAGGAUUGUCAGUACCCGAACCCAUGGGCCGCUGGUGGAUUGCCAGCACCCACAGCCCCUUUCUGUGCAGGAACAGCCACGCAACCUACCAAAACCUCACCACCAAGUUUCCGAAAACGAUGA